AUGUCACAUAAUACGAUCCUGGAUAGCGAUCCAGUCGGCGCAAACAUGCAGCCGGCGCAUGGCACGCUUGUCCAUGGCGGGCGAUCUCUCGACGGCCAGGAAUACCAGCGAGGUGAUCCGGUGGCCAUCGUGGAGAACGGCACAGCAGAGGACCUUUCAGACGCGCUUCACAUUCUCAACCUCCGGACCAACCAAUGUAUGCUCGUGCCUUUGAAGGCUGUCUGCUGGGUCCCGACUCACACUGAGCAACGAUCCGGAACCACUUUCCUGCUUACAUUGUACGGCCCGAGCCUGGAUUUCCGCCGUUCCGUCUCAGAGCGCCCUCAGAUGGGAUAUCGCGGUAUCGCAACGCUCUUUGGCUCCUGUGUCUACGUUGGACGCGAGGUCAUGCUGGAGGGUAACGCAUCAAGAGUCAAUCUGGAACCCGCCAACAGAGUCUCCUUGUUUACGGCCCAGUGGGACGCACUCUCACUCAGCACGGAUGUGCAACAGCCUGCAUUGACUCCUUCGGCAUCCUCUUGCGCAUCGUCCAGAAGCCCUUCUGAGUCGGGGGACGACGUUCCUCCUCCUCGGUUCUACCGUGUGCAAGGGCGUCGAGACUCUGCUAUUGAAAUUCGAGACCCUGAUUCCCCCAUUUACAAGUCAUCUCUGGGACGAAUGUCCACUUCACCUAAGCCGUUCCACAUCCCCACCGUAUCUUUCGCAACGAAGCCCAACACUCGUAUUAUUGCUGAAGCACCGAAAGCUCGACCAUACGGAAGCAGCACCUGGUCAGACUUAGAAUCUGAUGACGAGUUUAGCUUCGACAUCUGUCCAUCAUUCAGCCUCGACCCUGCCUUUGCUGACAAUCUGGACCUCUGCAUUGGCGAACAUCACAUGGACGGCAUGAUUGCAGACGCCGAUCUCCAGGUCAACUUUGUUUUUAUGCCGCAGAACGAGAGUAGCAACUACGUGCCUGGACAACAUGACCAGCAAAGGCAGGGUGCUAACGCUCAGGAGCCUCUGUGGGUCACGCAAGGCCUCAACACAGAUAAUGGCAAUGCUUGGGAUACCUUGCAGAUGCCACCACAGCAGGUUCCGGAAAUGCGGCAACCCCAGUUGCCAAUGCCCCAGCGACAACAGGCGCUGCCCUCGAGGGCAGUCAGCCAUGACGACUACUACGAGCAGUAUCGCCUUGCGGAGGAGCAAGGCAGCUCUCACAGCCACAACGGACCCGUGGGCCAUCAUCCUCCGCAACCGGAAGCUGUUCACCUGCAAAAUGACCCUCGCGCCAGCUACUUGCCUUCUCAGAUUCCUCCUUCACACCCUUCUCAGCCCCUUCAAGAUUUCCAAAUGCACCCGCGGUAUCCGGAACAGUCGAACAGACUCCCGAUGCCAGGCCCCUCAUUCCCUGCGCCUCAAGAGGUCCAUGUUAUCCAGAGCAACCGCCCCACAUCCCGGCCAUCAUACCCCCUCCCGUUAAGCUCUUAUAGCCCGGUACAAGAAGGCAGCUUGCCUUCGACUUCACAAAGUCAACAGCCAAGGCGUAGUCCGCGUCCUGACGACUCUCGCCCUUCAAGCACACGCGGGACGCCAGUCAUGGCUCGCCGAGCACCAGCACAACCCGUUCAUACGUUUACGCCGAGUGGAAUCAUCGAUUCCUUCCGACAGAGCACACAAGCUCACAUCAGCUCCUUGGAGAGUCAUUGCGAGCAAUUGCAGCAGAGCCAGACCAGCGAUGACCAACUCCGUCAAGUGAACGAGUCGCUUCAAGCCGCUCGACGAAACAACGAGGAGUCUUUGCAGCUUCUCGGCCUGCUUCAGCCUAUCACCGGUAUCCCUUUGAAGGGCACAGAGAAGAGGCUUCAGUCGAUCGCUGAUCAGAUCGUUGAUGCAAUCAAGAGCCUGCUUCCCGACGGCAGCGAUGGUUCUGGCAAGACGAUCGAACAGUUGGGCCAAAAAGUACAAAGCCUCAAGGAGUUCAUCGAGUACGUUGAGGGAGUUCACCCUGAGGUGGUCAAGCGCCCGCAGGACCCCGCGACAGCAUCUACGGACAAGAGCCAGACUGUCCCGGUCACGACUGCGAACCGGGUCCCCUCGGCUCCCGCGUCCGUUUCUUCUCACACCGCGGAUGAGUCUGACUCCUGUCGCUGGGUAGACGGCCAGGCUACACCCCCGCCGGAUCGAUCCGCAGCAAUGGCCUUGAAUCGAGACCGCUCGCGCAUGUUCCGGGACAUGACUGCUGCUCAUGGUCGUCGUCCCGAGCCUCGCAUCAACACUGCUCCAGAGUACUAUGCUCCUACCAGCUAUAGCCAGCCGUCAUCCCGAAUCCACUCGCCGCUUGCUACGCAUUCUGCGCCUGCGGAGCCUCCCCAUGCGGCUGGUCACGGUUUCUUCCAACAGCCUCUCCCAACACAGAUUCAACAAACGAUGCCCAUCGCCGACUUUGGGACCCCGCUGCAGGAGCGAAACAUGCAAGCCUACCCGCCUCCCACCUCGGUCGAGAUGAUGCGACCGAUGCAGCCCGUGUCGAGCCUUCCACCUCAGCACUACACAACGCAAGAAAACAACUUCUACCUGCGACCACCGCCACCAAACUGCCUGUACCCAACGACCGGAGCCGAAAUGGCCCAGGCUGCCUACGCUCCGCGGUCGCCCGUGGGUUACCAGCCGGCCCCGGGCCCAGCGCAGAGCAACUACUACCAGGACAUGCGGUCUGGUCUCCCGGACCGGCGAACGGUCCGCCAAGAGCGUCCUGCUCCCUAUUCCCUCAACUAUAGGGAUCAAAGGCGACGAAGAGGAAGCCAGUGA